AUGAGAAAUAAAACCAUACUAACUGAGUUCAUCCUGCUGGGUUUCACAGACGUCCCUGAACUCCAGGUGGUCGUUUUCACCUUUCUUUUCCUGUCCUACUUGUUCAGCAUGAUUGGGAACUUGACUAUUCUCGUCCUCACCUCUAUAGACUCCCAUCUUCAGACCCCCAUGUACUUCUUCCUCCAGAACUUCUCCUUUUUGGAAAUUUCUUUCGUAAACAUCUUCAUCCCCAGGGUCCUGAUCAGUAUCACUACAGGAAACAAGAGGAUCAGUUUUGCUGGCUGCUUUACUCAGUAUUUCUUUGCAAUAUUCUUAGGGGCAACAGAGUUUUAUCUUCUGGCUGCCAUGUCCUACGAUCGCUACGUGGCCAUCUGCAAACCCCUGCAUUACACAAUGAUCAUGAGCAGCAGAGUCUGCGUUAGUCUGGUUCUCAGCUCUUGGCUUGGUGGGUUAAUAGCUAUUAUACCACCAAUCACUAUAAUGAGUCAGCAGGACUUUUGUGCAUCCAACAAGCUGAAUCAUUACUUCUGUGACUUUGAGCCUCUUCGAGAAGUCUCCUGUUCAGACACACACCUGGUAGAGAAGGUUGUCUUCCUGGUGUCGUCUGUGACCCUGUUAGUCACCCUGCUGCUGGUGGCUCUCUCCUAUAUAUCCAUCAUCAGCACCAUUCUGAAGAUCCCCUCUGCCCAGCAACGGUCAAGAGCAUUUUCCACCUGCUCUUCCCACAUGAUUGUCAUCUUCAUCUCUUAUGGAAGCUGCAUCUUCAUGUAUGUUAAACCCUCAGCAAAAGAAAACAACAGCUCCUUCAACAAAGGAGUUGCUAUACUCAUCACUUCUGUGGCCCCGUUGCUGAACCCCUUCAUUUACACCCUAAGGAACCAACAGGUCAAACAAGCUUUCCAGAUUACAGUCAAAAAACUCAUACAUCUUUAA